AUGGGACGGCCGCUGCCAGCGACCGUCGAAGGCGACUGCAGCGGCAACGGCCUGCCGCAUGAGGCCGCGCAGGUCAGGCAGCAGCUCGCCGCCCACCUGCGCACAUACUCGAAUAUAUACGACGCACGCUCGUUGUGGGUGUUCGGCCAGCGCGUACACCCGCGUCCGGACAUUCAUGUGGGCGUUCCUCAGUGGGACGACCCACCCCCUCGGACGGGGCGGUUCUGGAGCAUAGACGAGGCGGAGAUCCACCAGCAGGGCGGCGCGCGCGGGGCGAAGCUCGAGCUCAGGCUAGGCGGCGUGUGGGAGGGGGCCGCGCUGGUCGUCUACAACCCCCGCGGGUUCAUGAGGCUCGACUCCGGCCUGGGGACGCAGCAGAACAUCUCGGCCCUGCUCAGCGAGGAGGGCCCGGACUGGGGCAUCACGGACGCGGACCGCAUCGCUUGGGCGGGAAGCCUGGCCACCACGCCGGCGUCGCUGGUGCGCGGGCGCGUGCGCCCCCCCGGGUACGUGGGGCCCGCGGUCGAGAUCCGGCACGAGGUGCGGGACAUCGGGCUGGACCAAAUAUACGUGUAA